UGAGACUGAGCUUGCGAGCUGGGUGUCUGUCGGACAGGCAUCUCAGCACUGGCCUCAUAAAGCACCUGGGCCUGGGGCAUGGACGGGGCUGGACAGCCCCCUUAGGGCUUGGCUCCCGUCACUGUGCAGAGGGGUCGCCUCCCUGAUCCCCGCCUCUGUCCUGGAGUCCUAGACCUAGGGGCCGGUGGCUAUGGAUGAGCCGGAGGCCCCCUGCUCCAGCGUGCAGCCCCGCGCGGCGGCCGCCCGCGAGCUGCUUCUCGAUGCCCUGGAGGACCUCAGCCAGGAGCAGCUGAAGCGCUUCCGGCACAAGCUGCGGGACGCGCUGGUGGACGGCCGCAGCAUCCCGUGGGGCCGGUUGGAGCGGGCGGACGCUGUGGACCUCGCCGACCAGCUGACCCAGUUCUACGGGCCGGAGCCCGCGCUGGACGUGGCCCGCAAGACCUUGAAGAGGGCGGACGCGCGCGACAUCGCGGCUUGGCUCAAGGAGCAGCGGUUGCAGCGGCUCGGCCCCAGCUCCGCGGCGCUGCUCUCCGUGUCCGAGUACAAGAAGAAAUACCGCGAGCACGUGCUGCGGCAACACGCCAAGGUGAAGGAGAGGAACGCCCGCUCCGUGAAGAUCUCCAAGCGCUUCACCAAGCUGCUCAUCGCGCCUGAGAGCGCCGCCCCGGAGUGGGAGGCCGCAGGGCCUGCGGAGGAGCCGGAGCCGGAGCGCGCCCGGCGCUCGGACACCCACACCUUCAACCGCCUGUUCGGCCGCGACGAGGAGGGCCAGCGGCCGCUGACCGUGGUGCUGCAGGGGCCGGCGGGCAUCGGCAAGACCAUGGCCGCCAAGAAAAUCCUGUACGACUGGGCGGCGGGCAAGCUGUACCGGGGCGAGGUGGACUUCGCCUUCUUCCUGCCCUGCGCGGAACUGCUGGAGCGGCCCGGCACGUGCAGCCUGGCCGACCUGAUCCUUGCCCAGUGCCCGGGCCGCAGCGCCCCGGUGCGGCAGAUGCUCCAGAGGUCGGAGCGGCUGCUCUUCAUCCUGGACGGCGCGGAUGAGCUGCCGGCGCCGGGGCUGGCGGAGGCCGCGCCCUGCACCGACCCCUUCGAGGCCGCAGGCGGCGCGCAGGUACUGGGCGGUCUCCUGAGCAAGGCGCUCCUGCCCCAGGCCCGCCUGCUGGUGACCACGCGCACCGCUGACCCGGGCAGGCUGCAGGGCCGCCUGUGCUCGCCGCAGUGCGCCGAGGUACGCGGCUUCUCCGACAAGGACAAGAAGAAGUACUUCUACAAGUACUUCCAGGACGAGUGGAGGGCAGAGCGCGCCUACGGCUUCGUGAAGGAGAACGAGACACUGUUCGCGCUGUGCUUCGUGCCCUUCGUGUGCUGGAUCGUGUGCACGGUUCUGCGCCAGCAGCUGGAGCUCGGCCAGGACCUGUCGCGCACCUCCAAGACGACCACGUCCGUGUACCUGCUUUUCAUCGUCAGCGUCCUCAGCCCCGCGCCGGCCGAGGACCGGCCCCAGCUGCAAGGUGAGCUGCGCAGGCUGUGCCGCCUGGCCCGGGAAGGAGUUCUGGGGCGGCGGGCGCAUUUUGCGGAGAAGGAUCUGGAAAGACUGCAGCUUCACGGCUCCAAGGUGCAGACGCUGUUUCUCAGCAAGAAAGAGCUGCCCGGCGUGCUGCAGGCCGAGGUCACCUACCAGUUCAUUGACCAGAGCUUCCAGGAGUUCUUUGCCGCCCUCUCCUACUUGCUGGAGGAGGAGGGGCCGCCCGGGGCGCCGGCCGGCGGAGUAGAAGAGCUUCUGCAGGGCGACCCCGAGAUGCGCCACCACCUCGCGCUCACCACGCGCUUCCUCUUCGGACUGCUGAGUGCGGAGAGGCUUCGCGACGUCGAGCGCCACUUCGGCUGCGCGGUUUCAGAGCGCAUGAAGCAGGAUGUCCUGAAGUGGGUGCAGGACCAGGGCCAGGGUCGCCCUAGGGUGCUGCCAGAGGGGGCCGAGGACACCAACUCGCUCAAGGCCACUGAGAGGUCAGAAUCCAAGUCCGAGGAGGAGGAGGAGGAGGAGGAGGAGGAGGAGUUCAACUUCCCCAUGGUGCUCCUGUACUGCCUGUACGAGACGCAGGAGGGCGCCUUCGUGCGCCAGGCCCUGCGAGGCCACCCUGAGCUUGCGCUGGAGCACCUGCGCUUGAGCCGCAUGGACCUGGCCGUCCUGAGCUACUGCCUGCGGUGCUGCCCGGCCGGACAGGCGCUGCGGCUGGUUAACUGCACGCUGCCUGCCCCGAAGAAGAAGAAGAAGAAGAAGAGCCUGGUGAAGCGACUGCAGAACAGCCUGAGUGGCAGCUCCAGUUCUCAAGCCACCACCAGAAAGCCCCAGGCCUCCUCACUGCAUCCACUCUGCGAGGCCCUGACUGACCAGCAGUGCGGGCUGACCAGCCUGACGCUGUCCCGCUGCAAACUCCCAGACUCCGCCUGCCACGACCUGUCCCAGGCCCUGAGGCAGGCCCCCGCCCUGACCGAGCUCAGCCUCCUCCACAACGGGCUCGGUGAGGAGGGCCUGCGGGUGCUGAGCGAGGGCCUGGCCUGGCCUAGGUGCCGCGUGCAGACACUCAGGCUGCAGCAGCCCGGCCUCCAGGAAGCCCUCCAGUACCUGAUUGCCCUGCUCCAGCCCAGCUCCACACUGACCACCCUGGAUCUCAGCGGCUGCCAGCUGUCAGAGCCCAUGGUGACCUACCUGUGUGCGGUCCUGCAGCAACCAGGAUGCCGCCUGCAGACCCUCAGUCUGACCUCCGUGGAGCUGAGCGAGCAGUCGCUGGGGGAGCUGCGGGCUGUGCGGACGGCAAAGCCAGGCCUGGUCAUCACACACCCAGCACUGGACAGCCACCCUGAGCCCCUCAAGGGAUUCAACACAGCCUUCUGAGGCCCCGAAGGCCAGCGCGACCAGGAGGGCUGCCACCAGUCCGAUGAAGGGAGAGGCCCAGAUGGACACAGUCCCUCUCAUGGUCCUGGAAGGGGCACAGGGCACGCCCUGGGGACAGCCAGAGACCACUCCUCCCCUAACCUCCAUGUUGUCCCCACCCACUUCUCUCUCAUGGGGCCCUCCAGCCACCCCCUUGCCGAUGUCCCCGGCAACAAUAACGGUGCCGAGAUGCCCGGGGACUGAGCCCCUGCCGCGUGUUGGCCUUUCCCCGGGGUGCCGGGCUCAGAGCCACACCUUCACGGCCCCGUCACUGACUGCAGUACCAGCCCUGUGGACCCACAGUUCUGUCCCAGCCACUGAGGAUCCAGCAGGGGUUGAGCAGAAGUCGGCGGGUCACCGUGCCUCCUUGGGAGUCUGGGUCUUGGCACCAGGAGUGAAGCCGUCCCGGAGGCAGGAAGGCCGAGCCCAGAGGGGUCCACGGGCCGCUGAAGGUCUUCAGGCACCGGAGCCUGGGCAGAGUGCAGCAGGCAGCGGCCGGACUCUGGGAGGACAUGGGGGUGUCCAUUGAAAAUAAAGUCUCCUUUACAUUUUUUAAGGAUUAGAGAGAGGGUGGGAGAAAGAGAGGGAGAGAAACAUCAACGUGAGUUUGCCUCUCUUGUGCCCCAUACCAGGGACCUGGGCCGCAACCCAGGCAUGUGCCCCGACUGGGAAUUGAACCCACUACUCUUUGGUUCGGCUCAAUCCA